AUGGAUUUGGAAAAUAAAUUUUUUUUAGAAGACAAUGAUAAAAUGGAUGAGGAUAUGGAUGAGGAAAGUGGUGGAGAUUACAGUGAUGAUAGUAAUGAAUUAGAUUAUGAUACAUUAGGAUUAUACACAUUAUCAUCUUCACCUUCAACAGUUGGUACACGAUACAAUGAUAGAUUUUUAUAUUUAAAAUGGAAAGUUUUACAUCAGAUACAUAGUGUUCGAUGA